ACCGUUGACAGCCGUUAGUGCGUUGUGUGUACAAAUUCUGGACUUUCUUGGGCUCAGAUGUUUUUAGCUGCGCACAUACAGUUUUCUUAUCGAAAAUGGUUGUGUGUAAUCGUUUGUAACAAAUAGUAAACCAGUGACUUUACUCGUGAGAGAUGAAUAGAUUUAGAAAACUGGUGGAGAAAGACUGCGAGGAGCUACUGACACGGUUCAAGCACACAGGCUCUGUCCGUUUUGAGAUUUUUUCCAGGUUAUGGAAGGAAAUGAAGUUCUCCCAGAUUUUCUACGGUGCGAUGGGGCAUGAGAAGCGAGAGUUCAGCCGUCUGAUUUUGGAUAUAGCCUACAGCUUCCUCCUGCCUCCAUUCAGCUUCCAGAUCAGAGUUGGAGGACUUUACCUGGUCUACAGCUUGUACCGAUGUCAGACUGCCAUUCCCCCAGAACUGAUCCGUCUGUCAUUGAAGGACUGGGAUGAUGUGAAGAAGUUUGAGAAGGACUCGCUGGAUGCUAAGCAUCUUGAUGUUGUUUACAUCCUCCAACAGCUGAGGUUCCUCAAAGCCUUUCAGUUUACUGCCAUGCACACUGUGCUUACCUUCAGGAGAAAGCAAAAUAGAAAGAGGGAUAAUUCCCAGUCAUAUGUAGAGUUUAUGGAGCGACCAUCUCACCCACAGGAACUCAUCAACACUGAGCUGCUGGAGGAAUUGUCCCACAUCCAUGGCCUCUAUGAGAAGCUGAAGACGUCCUCCUCUUUGACUUCAAGAGACGGAGUCACAUCACUUGAUCUUAUCAAAAAAGAUCUGGCCCCUAAACUACAGUGCACUGUGGUGAAUUUCUACAAUUGGCAGCAAAGGCAGGUGAGACAGGACAGGACUGAUGAAGAGGAAGACAGCGGUGAGGGAACAUCAUCGAAACAGGAAAGCUCCGAAAGAGCUGAGCGUCUCGCCUCCAUCAAAUCAAAGGCGUAUGGACAGGCUACAGAGGCCUCAAAGUCCAGGCGCCAUCGUCAGGUGGAGGUGAAUUUCACAAGUAAUGAAGCUGGACCCUCUGACUCGUCAGACAACCCCAAAACACUAAAACCAUCACUCAAAACCAGAAUCUCUGAGAAUAUGCACAUCUCAGGUGACGUGUGGAAUGAAACCACUCGGGUCAGCUGUCUCACAACACUGGAUUCUGCUCCUGAAGGGAAAGAAAAACCAAAAAAGAAGUAUGUGAAAUUUCAGCUGAAGUGAAGAAAACCCAAGAGUCAACCUGCUUAGGAUGGGAGCUGCUAUUCAGAUGAUUUUAAAGUUUGGAGGAAAAUAUAGAUACUCUUGUCUGAAUUACAUUUCUAUAAUCUUUAAUGCUUUUACAUCAUAAGGCAUACAAUUAUCAGACAUUUUUGUGAGUACAUUUGUAUAAGCAUACUACAUUUUAUGUUUAAACUAUGUUUGUGACUCUGGUUUUGCACAUAAAUGUAAGAUAUGAAUCAAAGCUAGAGAAGGUACCAGUUUUCUACGCUCUUGUUUACAGUCAAGGAAUUGUAGGUUGUAUAUAUUACACAUUUUGAUAAAAUUUAGAAGUGUGAAUAACUCUAAACAUUUUCUAUAAGAAAGUUUCUCUUUUUAUAUAAAAUGGUUUAUA